AUGGCAUCCAUUUCCAUCAACACGGCAAUCUGCAAGUCUCCUACACCCCAGGUCGAGCAUGCUACUCCUCUAAGGGAACUCCAGGUAAGCUUGAAUGGGACCCAUUCAGAACUAGCACUAUUAGAUGAGGGAUCAGAGAUAGUUGUUAUUCAAGAAGAUGUUUGGAAGAAGAUGAAUGCACCUAUCAACUGCAACAUCCACAUGUGCAUGCAGACAGCUAAUGGAAGCUCACAGGAGAUGGCUGGAUGUCUGGAAAUGUUAGAAAUAGAAGUAGAGGGAAUCAAAAGUUGGGCACAUGUGUAUGUCAUCCCAGAAGCACCCUACUGCCUACUUUUAGGAUGCCCCUGGCAAAAGCUCAUCCAUUUGUCCAAGUACAAAGAUGUGGACAAUGUCUACAUCACCAUUCAGGAUCCCCUUGAUAGUUCAAAUAUUCACACUGUGGCUACAUCCCCCCAUCCUUGGCCCCACCCAUCCCUAGCCCUAACUGCAGCAGCAAUCUCCAUCACCUCCCAACAAGCCAUAGCAUGCCCUGCCAUCCUACCAACAAGCUCAACAGAUAUAUACCCCACCAUCCUACCAACAAGCUUGACAGAUAUAUACCCUGCCAUCCUACCAACGAGCUCAAUGGACAUAUCAACCAAACCCUCUUAUCCACUAACUCGAUGGACAUCUACCCUGCCAUCAUCAUGCCCCUCCACAUCCUGUAUCACCUUCUCAAACUAUGCUGAAUUCAUCCUACAGCAAACCUUCAACGUCAAUAUAAGUCAAUCCUUUGCCUACAAGAAAGUAGCUAAUAAGGUCAAACCAGUCACCACUACGAUGCCAGCCCAUGCACAUAUUAUCUGA